UGCUGGCGCCCGCGAAGAGGACGGAGUCGGCCAAGAACCAGCAUCCCGGCUGCCGCAUUGGCUUCCACUAGCCGUUAAGCGCUGUGAGAGGAAAUAGAGGGCUUCCGCCUCAGCGCCCACUGCUCCUGUGACAACACAGAUAAUGUCCUCCACGUGGACGUCAACGGUGUCCAUGGCCCUGGUUCAGGCCAGCCCCGACUGUGAUCUGUGUGUGCUCGUGUGUGUGUGUGUACUCCCAACCCCACAAACCACACCAUGCCAUGUUCCAUCCAUCUGAGAGUCUACACCCAAACAGGGAUCAAUUCGGCAGCCAAGCUGGCCAUGCCGCCAUUCAGAACCCAUUCUGGCACGUCCUGCUUGUCAUCUACAACACACUGGACCUCAUCAUGCAGCCAGACAUUUCCCAGCUGUGCUGAGACGUAGAGAGCAACUUCUGCUACAGUGCAGCUCUCUGCUGUGGCCCGGGAAGGCAGUGGAGGAUGGCCCAAGUGCUUGGGCCCUGCACCCGCAUGAGAGACCAGGAAGAAGCACCUGGCUCCUGGCAUCGGAUUGGCGCAGCGCACCGGCGUAAUGGCCAUUUGGGGAGUGAACCAACGGAACAAAGACCUUCCUCUCUGUCUGUCUGUAAUUCUACCUGUCAAAUAAAAAAAGUUCAUAUUUAUAUUACAUAGGUGUAAUCAAUCAUAUAAGCAUAUUAUCUAUAUAUUUAGAGGCAUACAUUAAAAUGAUAUAUGCAGGUAAUAUUACAUACACAGAUGUUAUUGAGAAACAUACACACAUACUACAUACACAGAUGUUACACAGAAACAUACACACACAUUACAUACACAAAUGUUAUAUAGAAACACACACACUACAUACACAGAUGUUAUAUAGAACACACACAUACUACAUACACAGAUGCUACAUAGAAAAAUACAUACUACAGACACAGAUGUUAUAUAAAACACACUACAUACACAGAUGUUAUAGAGAAACAUACACACAUACUACAUACACAGAUGUUAUACAGAAACACACACACUACAUACACACAUGUUAUACAGAAACACACACACUACAUACACAGAUGUUAUCUAGAACACACACAUACUACAUACACAGAUGCUACAUAGAAACAUACAUACUACAGACACAGAUGUUAUAUAAAACACACACUACAUACACAGAUGUUAUAGAGAAACAUACACACAUACUACAUACACAGAUGUUAUACAGAAACAUACACACACAUUACAUACACAGGUGUUAUAUAGAAACACACACACUACAUACACACAUGUUAUACAGAAACACACACUACAUACACAGAUGUUAUAUAGAACACACACAUACUAUAUACACAGAUGCUACAUAGAAACAUACAUACUACAGACACAGAUGUUAUAUAAAACACACACGCUACAUACACAGAUGUUAUACAGAAACACACACUACAUACACAGAUGUUAUAUAGAAACACACACACUACAUACACAGAUGUUAUAUAGAAACACACACACACGACAUACACAGAUGUUAUAUAGAACAUACACACAUACUACAUACACAGAUGCUACAUAGAAACAUACACACAUACUACAGACACAGAUGUUUUAUAGAAGCAUACACACUACAUACACAGAUGUUAUAUAAAACACACACACUACAUACAGAGAUGUUAUACAGAAACAUACACACAUACUACAGAGAUGUUAUAUAGAACAUACACACUUACUACUGUAAGACCCCUGCUAAAAGUAAAUAUUAAAAUAAUAUUAUAGUAAAGGGUUAAAAAGUUUAGCUGCUGACAGUAGACAUCCCUUAAAAUAACUGUGUCUCCACCCACCUGCAGAAUAACCUUGGGAAACUGCCUUGUGAAACUGCUCUGUGUAACUGUCUCAUGCGAUAACACUUGCAGGCGUCCGGAAAGAGUUGCAAUAAGGUUCUGUGACCAUUGUAUAAACUUACCCCUUCCCUCGCUAAAAUCGCAACAAGAGUUUGCCCUUCAAAAUAGCUAAUCACCAAGCGCUCCGCAUACAUAUGUUAAUCAGGUGGCUAUUGUCUUUAAAACCUGCUGUAACCCCUGCUCUGGGCUCUCUCGCUCUCUCGACGGCCUGUGGUGCCAGGGAGCCCGUUUGCACAAACGCCUAAUAAAAAUCCUCUUGCUUUUGCAUCUACAGGGCUGGAGUUUUGGGUCUUUGGGCGACCACCAGAGCGCGUUGGAUUCCCAGAUUCACUACAUACACAGAUGCUACAUAGAAACAUACAUACUAUAGACACAGAUGUUAUAUAGAAACACACACACUCCAGACACAGAUGUUAUACAGAGACACACACACUCCAGACACAGAUGUUAUAUAGAACACACACACACUCCAGACACAGAUGUUACCCGUAAGUGGGUGUCAUACAUACGGAGAAGCGGCGGCUCCGGGGAAUUCUAGGAGGAGCCUAGGACAGGCCCCGCCCCUCUCAAGGCCUGGACCGCGUCUGGCUCUUUCUCCGUCCAAACUUCAAAGCAGAGGACGGAGGAGCCCGCCGGGGCCGCCUGGACUCCGCCCGGACCCCGCAGAGCUCCUCUCAUGGUGCCGGCUGGGUCUCCACAGCCCCGCUCUCCCAGACCACCCCGCGUGGGCGCCGCCCCGCUCUGGAACCUUCCGCGGGGGAAUCCUGACACCCAUGUGGGAGACAGAUGGAGCUCUCGCCCCGGCUUCAGCCUGCCUCAGGUCUGGCCAUUGCCGCAUCUGGGGAGUGAACCAGAGGACGGAUGAUCUGAGUCUCCCCGUCUCUCACUCUGCCUAUCACAUAAACAGACGUAUAUUUCAUUAGACGGCUUUCAUGUCCAGGGCGGCUGCGGCCACGGCUCUGACGGCAAAGGUCUGGACCGUCCGCUCCCCAGCUCUGCACGUCCACAUGCGCGUCCGGGGUUCUCCACGAGGGACCCUGGGCCAGCAGCAGCCAGGCGCUGACAGCUUGCGGGAGACCCCUCAGCAGCGGCCACCGUGACCGCGCUCCAGCUGACCCGGAAGUGCUCCCGGUGCCCGUCCAGACAUGGCCAGGCCUGUGGCCUCCAGGACCUGUGAUUCACACCACUUCGCCCUUGCUUGCUGAAGGACCCUUAUGGGGGAGAGGGACAAGAAACUAGGCCUGGGCAGAUAUCAGGGGCUUCUUAAGAGGUUAGAUGUUCCCCAGAGUCCAGCGGGCAGGACGUUCUCUGGGAAGGAAAAGUCAAUCCCCUUCAGAGAACCUCUAGGCGUGCCCAGAGCAGAGCUGCCACUCCCCUUCAGAGAGUCUCUAGGCACUCUCCCUCAGCACUCUCCUCAGCACGUUCCCUCAGCACUCUCCUCAGCACUCUCCUCAGCACGUUCCCUCAGCACUCUCCUCAGCACGUUCCCUCAGCACUCUCCUCAGCACUCUCCGGUAUGCUAAUUGUCCCUCCAAACCAGCCAAUCCCGUGCCACCUCUGCAUUCCAUAUGCUAAUGGUCCCUCUGAACUGACCAAUCCUAUGCAUGCGCAUUAGGAAUAUGCUAAUUCGUUGCCUAUAUAACCUGUGUGAAACUGCCGCUCAGGACUCCUCACCGCCUGAGGUGGGGGCCCGUUUGCGCAAACGUUCAAUAAAAACCUCGUGCUUUUUGCAUCAACUGGUCUGGAGUCUGGAUCUUUGGGCGUCCUCCCGAGCAAGUGGGCAUCUCUGCAACUGAGAGGUCCAACAUUUUGGUGGCCCGUACGGGGAUUUUAGGUCGCCCUCAGACCCAUUCCCUGAGGACCAGUUGGAGGUACGAUUAAGUGUUUUCUGUUUGUUGUUCUUCGUCUUGAGUGUUCUGACUGGCCAGUACCUGACUCUGUGAGACCAGUGGGGGAGGCAGGCGUGCCCAGCAACCCCUGGUCCGUUCCCCGGAGGACGCUCCGGUUUGUGAGACCAGAAGGGGAAACCCUCGGUCCAUUCCCCCGGAAGACGCUCCCGGGGUGGUCUGGAGGUGGGUCGGAGACCAAGUCUCCCUCCUUCCCGGGGAGGGCUGGUCAGGCAGCCGCUCCCAAAAAUAGCGCAAUAGCGUUCAAUUUGUCCUAGCCAUGUGGUUUGUCUUGCUUACUGUAUGUGUCUGUGCAUUGGCUGUUCUUUUUGUUUGGGCUGAAAUCCUUGCACCCAUGGGUCAACAAAUAACCACCCCUUUAAGUCUCACUCUAGAUCACUGGAAGGACGUUCGAGAACGCGCACGCCACCUCUCAGUGGAGGUUAAAAGGAAACAAUGGGCAAAAUUCUGUUCCUCAGAGUGGCCGGCCUUUGAGGUCGGCUGGCCAAGGAACGGCACUUUUAACCUCGAUAUUAUUUUACAGAUUAAGGCGCGAGUCUUUCAGCCAGGAUCCAAUGGACACCCUGAUCAGGUGCCCUACAUUACCACGUGGGAGGAUCUUUCACGUAACCCCCCUCCCUGGAUAAAACCCUUCUCCUUCCCGACGGAGCCCAUACGGACCCCGAUACCCCCUCCUCCUAUCCCGGUUGUGCCAACCUCCUCCCUAUACCCUCUGAAGGAGAUUCGAGAUCCAAAACCUGACAAGCCACCGGUUCUUCCGGCUGAUCAGGACUUUCUGCUCUUUGACUCUCCCCCACCCUAUCUUCCCGGCCAGCCUGCUCCCCCGCAGGAACCCCCACAACAACCAGAGCGGGAUGUGCAACCUUCUGCACCAUCCCCUGAUUCCACGAGGGCAGGGGAAGAAGUCUCAGCGCCUUCCCCGCCCUCCAGCCGCCUGCGCCUCCGUCGGGGGCAGGCAGGGGGCUCGGGAAGUGUCUGGACUUCGCAGGCUUUUCCUCUUCGCUCGGUGGCUGGCCAGAUGCAGUACUGGCCAUUUUCUGCUUCCGAUCUUUACAAUUGGAAAACCCAUAACCCCUCUUUC